UAAAUGAUCAAUCUGAAUGAAACCUCAGAGAGCCAGGUGACUGAAUUCAUUCUCAUCGGCAUCACAAACCAUCCUGAGCUACAUGGCGCCCUAUUUGUUGUGUUUUUCCUCAAUUACAUGGCCAUAGUUGUGGGGAACAUGGGCCUGAUCAUUGUAACAAGUAUUGAUUCCCACCUCCAAACUCCCAUGUACUUUUUCCUCAGGCAUCUGGCAUUUGUUGAUCUUGGCUAUUCCACAGCUAUUGGACCAAAAAUGCUAGUUGGAUUCAUAGAGGAGAAAAAUAUCAUUUCUUAUAAUGGAUGUGCAAUACAGCUAGUUUUCUUUGUGAUAUUUAUUGCCAGUGAACUUUUUAUCCUGUCAGCCAUGGCCUAUGAUCGCUAUGUUGCUAUCUGUAAGCCCCUCUAUUAUAUGAUCAUAAUGUCAGACAAGAUAUGUUGGCUUUUGGUGGCUGUCUCAUACCUCUAUAGUACCACGAUAUCCCUGCUCAUCACAAUAAAGCUUUUUACAUCAUCCUUCUGUAGAUCAAAGGUAAUAAGACACUUCUACUGUGAUGGUCUCUCCCUAUUGCCCAUUAUAUGCUCUGACACAAGGGAGAUUGAACUAAUCAUUAUUAUCGUUUCUGCAUUUAAUUUUGUUUCUUCCUUUCCAAUUAUCCUUAUCUCCUAUGUGUUCAUUCUUGUAACCAUCCUCAGGAUGAACUCUUCUGAGGGCAGACAGAAAGCCUUUUCUACUUUUGGCUCUCACCUGAUUGGGGUGGUUAUAUUCUAUGGGACACUUGUCUUCAUGUAUCUGCAGCCCCAGUCUAGCCAUUCCUUUGAUGCAGACAAAAUAGCUUCUGUAUUUUACACUCUGGUCAUCCCUAUGAUCAACCCUUUGAUCUAUAGCUUAAGGAACAAAGUGGUGAAAGGUGCCUUGAAAAGACUUUUUAAAAAAAUGAUAUAA